UCUGUUAUCUGUGGAAGUGACUGAAGUGAGCCAGUUAUCGAAAAUUCUAUGAUUCUAACCUCAAAGCUGACAUUCUCCAAUCUAUGUUCUCCGUUUCCCAUAAGAAAAUGUUUGGUUCUAGUGGUUCGUGAUAUGAGAAUUAAAUUAACUAAAAUCAUUGCUUUUUUGAUAGUGUUUAUAAAUAUAAGUUUAUUCUACUACUCCUUACGCCUUUUCAGUUACUACCAUAAAAUAGCUACUGGAGAAUUAACUUCUACAGUGUACAUCGAAAAUAAACCGGAAUUCGAAUUGAAAUUACUGAGCAGCAAUAAAAUUCCCGAGAAACUCAUAAGCAAAUUAGUUACCGUUGUAAUUCGAGAAUUUGAAACACAUGACAAUGAUGUAUCUUCAACUGUUCGGUCAAUACUCAAAAUUUUCAAGAACAUUCAAAUAUUCAUUCUUUAUGAUAACAUACCUUACCCACCAUUAAAAAUCAUUUCUAAAAGCUCUAACAACAGUAACUUGAAGCAAUGGAAUUUGUCCCCAUCUCUUGAUGCCACUCGGAUAAUUUCAGCCCAUUCUAUACAAAAACUUUUGAAAAAGGCUAAUGAAUUUAAAGGGACAAUAAUAGUUUCACCUGUAUCUGGUAAUAGGGUCUUGGAAUGCUUCAGGUUAAAUGUUAAUACUAGGGAGUGGAGUUUGAAGUACAACAUUAUUAAAAGUUCUUAUUGUGAUGCAGUGAAUGGAAAACAGAUAAUACUUUUGGAAACUGAAUUACUGAAGAAUUUGUCGCAUCCAUUCUUGCUCCCAUUUCCUUCUUCUCUAUAUAUUCAAACAGCAGCUUUAAAUGUAAAGGCAUUUAUACUGAAUACAGGAAUGUUUCAUGAAGGAAAUUCCAAAUUCAGAACACACCAUUCAAAAUGGAAAUUGAAACAGAUAAAUCAAGAACGUUUGAAAUCACUAUAUAAACUACUUAGGAUAAAACUUGUGGUGAAAGAAGGCAAAAGUGAAUAUUAUGGUUGUAAUAGGGAAACGCCUCGAUGUUUUGGAGAAGUCAUAGAUGCCAUGCCUGUUUACCUCUAUGAAAAUAGAUGGACACCCCCUUGCUGCUUGACACAUUUGAAAAAAACAACAAAAUACGUUCUUGGACUACUGGAUCAAUAUGGCAUCAGAUAUUGGUUAGAAAGUGGCAGUCUUCUAGGAGCAGUAAGAAGUGGUGAUAUACUGCCAUGGGAUCAUGACGUGGAUAUAGGAUACAUGAUAGAAGAUAGUGAUCGCUGUAAAUGGCUCCAAAUUGCACAAAACAAAUCUGUUAUAGAUAAUAAGGGCUUCUAUUGGGAAAAAGUGAAGGAAUCUAAUCAAUUUAGAGUUCACUUCAGCAAGAUCAAUAGGAUAUUUGUUAAUCUACUACCUUUCGUUCAUAAAAAUGGAACAAUGUCAAGAGAUUCCUUAUUUGAGUCAAGUAAGAAUAUGGAAUUCCCUGAUAACUUCUUACACCCCAUGUCUAGUAUUGAAUUCAUUGGAAGAAGUGUACCAUGCCCAAACAACGUCAGAAAGUUUCUAGAGAACAAAUUUGGAAAAGGUAGCAUUGAGAAACCAGAGUAUCCUAAUCCUAAGGAGAAAAAGUUUCAGACAAAGUAAAAAAAAUUUGAUAGUGAUGAAUUACUACUCAUAAAAGUACCUAAGCUUAAAUAGUUGGAUUGAUAGAAGAGUGUGGUGAACAGAACUGCCUUAGAAAGUCAAACAUCGAAUGUAAUGAUACUCAUGUAGUAUGUACUUUUGAAGUUAUUUAAUGUUGAUGUUAUUCUUCCAUUUCAAAGUUUGUCAUUUUUAAAUUUUAUAGAUGUUCAGGGUGUUUUCAAAUGUUACUUUUUUUACCAGGAAGUAAAACUCAUCAAAAUAAUCCAAAGGUCACCAAUAAAAAACUAAACCAAUGAAAGAACAAAAAAAAAACUCACAAACAGAGUCUAGAUGCAUGUACUGAACUAAAUCGUGCAUGUCUUUUCAGUACUUGAAAUUUUAUGAAAUCAUAUUGAAAUUGAGGGACUGAUAACUUCCAAAUUGAGUAUUUCACAAGACAAAUUAUUUAUGAAAUGGGUUUUUUUUCGACGCGAUGUACCUAUCAAAAAGGCUUACCUCUGAAAGCGCCCUGUAACUAGAGGAUAUUUGGAAGAAGAGUUUAGAAUUCUAUUGAAACCUUAGCAUAUAUGCAGUUUAUUAUGGAUAUAAAAUAUGUAUAUGAUUGUUGAAAUUGUGCCAAAUUUUAUGUAUUGCUGGAACAAUUAAUGUUUAAUAAAGUCCUUAACCUUAAUUAAAAAUCUUUAAUAUGCACUUCUCCCAGAUCAUUUUUGUGGUGGAUGGGGCUAUAUCGCGCUUUUUUUACGAAAAGAAAAUUGACUCUUUCUCAACCAGAAGAAAUGAAAUUUUUAAAAAAUCCUCAUACCUGACUGCCAAAAAAUAUUGUUGAAAGGGACCUGAAAUUCCAGUAAAUUUCAAAAAAGUCUAAAACAGGUUGGUCAAUUCUAAGAAUUAUAAAUAAGUUUCAUCCAGCAAGAAACAUUGAUCGAUUCUCAAUAGGCAAAUAGUGUUUUAAACUCAUUAGCAAACAGAAGGCUAAGACACAUAAAAAUUAGUACAAAAACUUUGCUAAAGACUAUUGCAAACUUUUAUUAUGAGGAUCAAUAAUUUGAAAUUUAUAAAAUAGAAUAUUCUAGGUUGAAUACGUGUUCUGCUAAGAAAAAUAUGCAAUAAUAUUCAUAUCAAGUAAAAAAAGAAAUGGUUAAAAUUUAGCAUUUCUAGGUUUCAGAGAUCAAGGCCAAAUUAGUGUUACAUAUUUUCGGUACUUUAUUGAACCCCUCCAGAGUUGCUUGAACUAGUUCUUUUCAUACCCUAUUAUCAACGCUGUCAACACAUUCAAAAUAAAUACAACAGGAAUAGAUUAAUGACAUUUUUAUAGCUCAAUGGUAGUAAAAAUAACUAUGUAGCAUAAAUUAGAAUAAAAUAAUGUGCAAAUUCUCCAUAUGAAAAUAAUCUCAAUAUCACAAUUCAUAAAGAUUACUUUUAUACCGAAAGUUGUCAUGUUUUUUCCCUUUACUUGAAGCUAAUUCAUUUUCCCACUUUACAAACUGUCCUUUCUGUAUUUUCAAAGAUG